UUUAGCAUUGUCAAUUCCUCAUCCUCCUCACUUCUUUGCAGGAAAAGUUCUCCAACAAAUGUGGACUGGAUGGGGCUCUGGGCCUCUCAGAAAUCCACGAUGUCAUCAGAACGUCCAGAGGAUACUCAAUCUUCGAAGAAAUUAAUACCAUCAGCAAAUUGGAUUCCUAUAUAAAAACGAAAAGUAGCUUAGUUCCCCCAGAGAAAGAAGUAUUUCUGAAGACGACUGUUAUGCGAGGCAACAGACAAGUGGACAUCGAUGUUGAUUAUGGAUAUUGGGUACCAUUUAUCCCAUCCCUGCAGCAAGUGCUCUCCUGUCCUGAGAUCUUAAACUGUGUGGAUAACCCUCUACCAGUUGAGGAGGGUGUAUUUACUUCUCCACUUGAUUCCUAUUAUUAUCAAAACCAUCCUGUUGUGCAAGCCAAUCCAAAGACUCUGGGUGUUGGCACUUACACAGAUGGAGUGGGUGUGACUGACACUGCAAGCAGUAAAAGUGCCGAUCAUGGUGUUACUUUCAUUUAUUGGACUUUACUCAAUAUUUAUCCUAAUUUGAGAUCAUCAGUUCAAUCAAUAUUUCUUCUAGGAGUGAUAAAAACCAGUGUUCUAAAGAAGUAUUCAUUCACUAGAAUUAUGAAAGACUUUGUGGACAGUAUGAAGAGUUUGUACAAUGGAGUGAAUUUUGAUAUCAACAAUGAAAGAAGAAAGUUUCAUGCAAUUCUGGUUUUCAACUCAGGUGACAAUCCUGCUGCUGCUAGUUUAGCAGGUUUUAAGGAAAGUCACUUUGCCAACAAGGUCUGUAGGCAGUGUCUUGCGCCCAAAGAAGACUUGUACAAAUACUUUGAUGAAUCAAAGUUCCCUGCUAGAUCUUACCAAAGUCACAUCAAUCAAGUAAAUGAAGUUUUGGAAUUUAGAAGAACACAAGGUAACAGGAAUGAGAGGGAUCCAUCGGUCACCUAUGGUAUCAACUCAAGGAGUGUGUUUAUGGAUAUCCCUUUGUGUGACGUGACAAAAUGUUUUCCACAAGAUCUCAUGCAUGACACAAUUGAAGGUACACUGCGCCUUGAAAUUUGUCUAUUACUAUUACAUGUAAUUGAAAGUGGGAAAAUGUCACUCUCCACAAUCAAUCAGAGAAUUGCCUUAUUUAGCAAGUAUUUUGGAGUCAACAAGCCUGCACAUAUUGAAAAGGAUCAUCUGGAUAAGAAGAAACUCAGGCAGUCAGCUUCAGAAACAUUGAGUCUUGCUUACAUGUUACCUUUUGUUUUAAGGAAAAAAAACAUGGUAAGUGGAAAGAUGGAGUCUGUUUGUGCUCAGAGAAACUUGGACUGUUUCAUCCUAAGAUUGGAAUUACUGGAUCUCCUAAUGUCCAGAGCCAUAAGACUUGUUGAUGUUGAAAGAGUUCGAUCCAUGACAACAGAGCAUCACCUGCUUUUCAAAUCUCUGUAUCCUGGCUUUGAAAUCCCAAAACUCCAUUUUGAAAUCCACCAGGCCACCCAAAUUCUACUGUUUGGGCCUCCUACACAGCACUGGUGUUUCAGAUAUGAGUCAAAGCACGCUUUCUUCAAAAGGCUGUGCCGCAUCUUGCGUUCGUUCAAGAACUUAGCAGGGACAUUUUCCAAGUAUCAUCAAAGACACCAGGCUGCGUUGAUGAUGAUAAGUACCAAGAGAAACGAACCAUAUCUAAAAGAAGGAAGUUCUUUGGGUGCCCCUGUCAGGAAGUUGGUGAAGGCCGUACCUGUUCAUCACCAGCAGCUUAUUUCUCGAGUAUUCCCUGGCAUUUCUCUUAAUGACAAUAUCAGUGUUUACAAGGUAUGCAAAGUUAAUGGGGUGAAAUACCGAAAGAACUCUGCUUUCAUCACCUCCCUUUCUAGUCCAGUUCCACUUUUUGGCAAUCUCCUUGCCAUCUAUGGAUACCAAGGAAAGGUUGCUUUUGUCUUCAGACAGUUGAAGACAUACUCCUAUGAAAGAGAGCUGAAAGCAUUUAAAGUUGGUAAUCUAACUGGCUUUAACUUGGAUGUGAUGCCAGUCUCCCAGUUGCUGCACCAUCACCACCUUCCCUUCAUCAAAAGUGUAGGUGCUAGCUAUAUUUCUGUGCCACGCAAAAGUUUUUCUUUAUCAUAAUGUUGUAGGACAUAGAACGUGGCUGAUCUGUUGUGAUAUUGCAUGUGCAUGACACUGAAGAUUAAUUGCUAAGUUUUGCCCAGAUUUUACUAGAUGAACUAUUGUAAUUCUAAUAAGGAUGUAAAAUUUAUAAUAGAUCUCAUAUUUUUCUCACCAAAGCUCAAUCUAUUUUACUAUGUAAAUAAUUGGCUGUGCUCUUUUAUUUGAGGUAGGAGUUCAAGUACAAAAAUAAACAUACAUUUAAAAACAUCUUUUAUUCAUCUCAAAAAGGCACGGCCCAAAUAAUCCCCUUCCAUAUAUCUAAGGAGACACAACUGAUAAAAACUAAACAUCACACAUUUAUUUGGAAACAA